AACAGAUGUUCUGGCCGGGUCGAAGUUCUAUACGGAGACAAGUGGGGAACUGUUUGUGAUCAGUACUUCAGCUUGGAUGCUGCCGGCGUGGUCUGUGAACACCUACAGUGCGGGGCAGUGGCCGCAACUCCCGGAGGUGCUCACUUUGGCGAAGGAACCGGCCACGUGUGGAAGGAAAACUACCGUUGCCUGGGGAACGAGUCCCGAUUAGCUGAUUGUCCAGUCUCAGCCUGGGAUCAGAUUAGCUGUUCGCACGGAAACGACGCAGGUCUCAUCUGCUCAGGUGAGUCACCAAAUUCCUUUGUACGGAAAAGAAAAUGUUCUCCGGUCGCAGAGAUGUUCACAGGAGUGACUUUUCUUAACAAUUUAAUGAAUCUGUCGUAUCGUGGCAACCAUCUUUGUUUUCUUUUCAGAGGGACGUCACUCCCCCACUGGUAGGUAGCGGGGCCAUUUCAGUGCUAUGACAUGUCGAUAGACUGAACUUGAGUGUGUAGUGCGGAAUUCUGAAGUUUAGCAAUACAGAUUUUCCUACAAAGGGACUAGAACGAUGGCAAUUUCUGCGAUCGGAUUCUAUUUAUCGAUGUGCCACUGAAAUACACAGGCACUCAUUCUCUCCAGAGAUGCUGCCUGUGCCACUCGGUUACUCCAGCAUGAUGUGCAUAUCUUCCGUGUAAACCAAUACCUGUAGUUCCUUUCUACAUAUAUAUACAUGCUAUUUACAGCAGCAAUGUGUCAUAGGUUUCAAUUCGAAUGCGCGAUUAGACACUUUAUGACCUUAAAGUGGGCGAGGAAGAGGAGAGACUGGCACGGUUUCGUGGGUUUUCAAUAUAGAAUUGAAAAAGGGAAAUCCUUUAUUUAACGAGUUUUUUGACUCACUGAACAUUUAUCAUUACGUGUAGAGAACAACAGUAAAGGAAGACAUCCAAAAGACACCGCCCAUUUUCUGGAAAACCCACGCGCGGGUCUCGCCGAGCGUUUUGCAUUCAGUUCUAAUCAGUAUAUUCGCUAUUUGAUGCAUGGGUGAAUAUCGUUUACAAGUGUUUCUUCUGGUGUUUGUCUUGUUGCUGGACCCGGCUCUCUUGGUUGGACACAUAUAUUACUCGGUGUGCUUUUCCGUGUACACAGAGGCAAAUGACUGGUGCUGUUUAUCCGCCGAAACGACAUGUGGUUUCUUGGUUUCUUGGUUUCCAGGUCCUCCAAAAUUAUUCCAAGUGGAAUUUAAACUGGAGGUGGCGGAGGGUGGACUUAAGUGAAAUAGGGUUCUUGGGAAAAAUAGAGCUACCUUAAAUUUAGUUGCGUUUGGUUGGGUAACUAUGAUAGGGUGAAGGCUUUUCCAUGCUUAAAUUGUGCGAGGGCAGAAUGAAUUGCUGUACACAUCUGUCUUGGUAGCUGGUAUUUCAAAUUUGAUCGAAUGCCCUCGUCUGCUCCUAGUAGGUUUGGUGUAGGUUUGGUAAUCUAUGUCGAGCAGAACAUUUAACAUUUUGUAAAAGCAGGUAAAACUGUGAGCUUUACGUCUGUCUUGGACAGGGUUCCAUCCCAUGUGAAUUCAGAAGUUUGGUAAUGUGGGCAAGAUGUGGGCAACUGUGGCAGCAAACAACCCUUACAACUAGUAGCUAACCUAGUAGCUAACAUAUGUUGAUAAUGUAUGGGAUGUUUUGGGUUCAGUUUCAAAGUUUCAGUCAACCUGUUUCGUUUUGUAGAUGAGAGUUGGUCUCUGAGACUGAGCAAUGGGGGCAGCCGCUGCGACGGCCGAGUGGAGGUUUACCACAAUGGAAGCUGGGGGCGAGUACAGGAUCGCUCCUGGAACAUCAAUGAUUCCAACGUGGUCUGCAGUGAGUUGGGCUGCGGCUCCGCCAUAUUCGCCUACAAUUCCUCAAGGUACGGAGAGAGUGAGCUGCCCGUGUGGGUGAACGACGUUGACUGUGAAGGGGACGAGGCGCAGCUCCGAAAUUGCAGCACAUUUACCAUGAAUCCGUUUCUCACUGACAGCAUCGGCGUUGGGGUCCUGUGUUCAGACCACCGCCGAUUACGACUGACCGGGGGUGGAAGUACAUGCGCUGGACGACUGGAGCUUUAUUACCACGGGUCUUGGGGCGCAGUUUGUAAUGACUUAUGGGAUCUGCUUGACGAUAACGUGGUCUGUAGGCAGCUGGGUUGUGGAUAUGCUUUGGAUGAUAAACCUCUUGGAUACUGUGGAGGAAGUAGUGGUCCUAUUUGGUUGGAUGAAGUAAGAUGCUCGGGUAACGAAUCAUUUCUCUGGGAGUGUCCCUCCGCACCAUUGGGUGAACACGAUUGCAGUCAUAAAGAAGAUGUGACAGUGAAGUGUUCUGAGCACAAAGAGAUGCGCCUGGUGAACGGAGAGCAUCGGUGUGAAGGGAGAGUGGAAGUGUGGUACAACGGGACAUGGGGGACAGUGUGCUCCGAGAAGUUUCACAGAAAGGAAGCGGAAGUGAUCUGCAAACAAAUGAAAUGUGGACCACUCAAAUCUAUUUAUUAUGGCGUCUGGAAAUAUGGAGCGGGUUCUGGGCACAUAUGGCUCGAUGAGCUGGAAUGUAAUUCGCAGGAGUCGACCCUUUGGCAGUGUCAGUCAGACCCUUGGGGAAAACACAACUGUCACCACUGGGAGGAUGCAGGUGUUGCAUGUGAAGAUGCCGAAAUGCCAGAGAGAUCCAUUGGAAAUGCCUGUGUCGAAGGAAAUGAAUCUCAAUCUCGCCGUUUACCAGGCGAGUCAUUUUAUUAAUUAUUAAUCUGACGUCAAUUCCGGA